UGGCUUUUUUUUCCCCUUCCUUCCCUCCCUCCCUCCCCCCUUUUCCCUGCAGCUGAUCUGAAAGGGAAUAAAAGGCUGCGAAUAAUCAUAAUAAUAAAAGACAGCAGCCUGAGAGAAGGAAGAGGAGGAGGAGGAGGAGGAGGAGGAGGGGGGAGAGAGCAAGAAAAAAAAAAGAAGAAAUCAGAAUAAUAAAAGGAGGCUGGGCUCUUUUGCAUUCAGGACCCGGACUAUUGAAAAGGCUUUUGAAAAGUGGUGUUGUUUUCCAGCCGUGCAUGCUCCAAUCGGUGGAGUAUAUUAGCCGGGACGCGGCGGCCCCAGCAGCAGCGUUCAGUGUCUCCGCGACCGGCAGCAGAGGUUACAGGAAAAGGCGAUGCUUUUACCACGGGCACCCGUCCGGACUGAGUACUCUUUAAGUCUGAUCAUCGCUCUGCUAUGUUUGCGAGUAAAGGUGUCCUCAGCAUCCGGACAGUUCGAAUUGGAGAUCUUAUCUAUGCAAAACCUGAAUGGGGAAUUGCAGAAUGGGAAUUGCUGCCAUGGCUCCCGAAAUCCAGAGGAUAGAAAAUGCACCAGAGACGAGUGUGCUACUUACUUUAAAGUUUGCCUGAAGGAGUAUCAGUCCCGGGUCACUGCGGGGGGGCCUUGCAGCUUCGGAUCUGGAUCUACUCCGGUCAUCGGAGGGAACACUUUUAAUUUGAAAUCGAAUCGGAAUAGUGAAAGAUACCGGAUCGUUCUCCCUUUCAGUUUCGCCUGGCCGAGAUCCUACACCCUCCUUGUGGAAGCUUGGGAUUACAGCAAUGACACCAAUAAUCCUGACAGCAUUAUUGAGAAAGCCUCCCAUUCGGGUAUGAUUAAUCCCAGCCGACAGUGGCAGACUCUUAAGCAGAACACAGGCAUUGCCCAUUUUGAGUAUCAGAUUCGAGUCACUUGUGACGAACAUUACUAUGGCUUUGGCUGCAAUAAGUUUUGUCGUCCUCGGGAUGACUUCUUUGGACACUACGCUUGUGACCAGAAUGGUAACAAAACCUGCAUGGAAGGCUGGAUGGGCCCCGAAUGUAAUAAAGCCAUCUGUCGUCAGGGCUGUAGCCCUAAACAUGGUUCCUGCAAGAUCCCAGGAGAGUGCAGGUGUCAGUAUGGAUGGCAAGGCCAGUACUGUGAUAAGUGCAUUCCGCACCCAGGAUGUGUCCAUGGCACUUGCAUUGAACCGUGGCAAUGCCUCUGUGAAACCAACUGGGGUGGUCAGCUCUGUGACAAAGAUCUUAAUUAUUGUGGGACUCAUCAGCCCUGUCUGAAUGGUGGUACUUGUAGUAACACAGGUCCUGACAAAUAUCAGUGUUCCUGCCCAGAGGGGUAUUCUGGAGCAAACUGUGAAAUUGCGGAACAUGCUUGUCUUUCUGAUCCCUGUCACAAUGGAGGAAGCUGUCUGGAAACAUCUAUGGGAUUUGAAUGUGGUUGUCUUCCAGGCUGGACUGGGCCAACAUGUACCACAAAUAUUGAUGACUGUUCUCCAAAUCACUGUGGUCAUGGAGGAACAUGCCAGGAUCUAGUGAAUGGAUUUAAGUGUAUUUGUCCUCCACAGUGGACUGGCAAAACAUGUCAAAUAGAUGCGAAUGAAUGUGAGGCAAAACCUUGCAUAAAUGCCAAUUCCUGUAGGAAUCUGAUUGGGAGCUACUAUUGUGAUUGCAUUCCUGGCUGGACUGGUCAGAACUGUGAUAUAAAUAUUAAUGACUGCCUUGGCCAAUGUCAAAAUGAUGCUUCCUGUAGGGAUUUGGUUAAUGGUUAUCGCUGUAUCUGUCCACCUGGCUAUGCAGGAGAUCACUGUGAGAAAGACAUCAAUGAAUGUGCAAGCAACCCUUGCUUGAAUGGGGGUCACUGUCAGAAUGAAAUCAAUAGAUUCCAAUGUCUGUGUCCCACUGGUUUCUCGGGAAACCUCUGUCAGUUGGACAUCGAUUAUUGUGAGCCCAACCCAUGCCAGAAUGGAGCCCAGUGCUAUAAUCGUGCCAGUGACUAUUUCUGCAAGUGCCCUGAGGAUUAUGAAGGAAAGAACUGCUCACACCUGAAAGAUCACUGUCGAACAACACCAUGUGAAGUGAUUGACAGCUGUACUGUUGCAAUGGCUUCCAAUGACACGCCAGAAGGAGUGCGAUACAUUUCUUCAAACGUUUGCGGGCCCCAUGGAAAGUGCAGGAGCCAAGCAGGAGGCAAAUUCACCUGUGAAUGCAACAAAGGCUUCACUGGGACAUACUGCCAUGAAAAUAUUAAUGAUUGCGAAAGCAACCCCUGUAAAAACGGUGGGACUUGUAUCGAUGGUGUCAACUCAUACAAAUGUAUCUGUGGUGACGGCUGGGAGGGGACAUACUGUGAAACCAAUAUUAAUGACUGCAGUAAAAAUCCUUGCCAUAAUGGAGGUACAUGUCGAGACUUGGUCAAUGAUUUUUACUGUGAAUGCAAAAAUGGGUGGAAAGGAAAGACCUGCCACUCCCGUGACAGCCAGUGUGAUGAAGCAACCUGUAAUAAUGGCGGGACAUGCUAUGAUGAAGUAGAUUCUUUCAAGUGCAUGUGUCCUGCAGGCUGGGAAGGAGCCACAUGUAACAUAGCUAGAAACAGUAGCUGUUUGCCCAACCCUUGUCACAACGGUGGUACCUGUGUGGUCAAUGGAGACUCCUUUACUUGUGUUUGCAAAGAAGGUUGGGAAGGACCCAUUUGUACUCAAAAUACUAAUGACUGCAGUCCUCAUCCUUGUUAUAACAGUGGAACUUGUGUGGAUGGAGACAAUUGGUACCGAUGUGAAUGUGCUCCAGGAUUUGCUGGACCAGACUGCAGAAUAAAUAUCAAUGAAUGCCAGUCUUCACCUUGUGCUUUUGGAGCUACAUGUGUAGAUGAAAUCAAUGGCUAUCGGUGCAUCUGCCCACCUGGUCACAGUGGCCCCAAAUGCCAAGAAGUUACAGGAAGACCUUGUAUUACCACUGGGAGAGUGAUGCCAGAUGGUGCUAAAUGGGAUGAUGAUUGUAAUGCCUGUCAGUGUUUAAAUGGAAAGGUUGCCUGCUCAAAGGUCUGGUGUGGCCCUAGACCUUGUCUGAUACAUGGCAAAGGUCACAAUGAAUGCCCUGCUGGGCAAAGCUGCGUCCCCAUCCAGGAUGACCAGUGCUUUGUACGACCCUGUACUGGAGUGGGUGAAUGCCGGUCUUCAAAUCCUCAGCCAGUGAAAACAAAAUGUACCUCUGACUCCUAUUACCAGGACAACUGUGCUAACAUCACAUUCACCUUUAACAAAGAGAUGAUGUCACCAGGCCUUACCACUGAACAUAUUUGCAGUGAACUGAGGAAUUUGAAUAUUUUGAAAAAUGUUUCAGCUGAGUAUUCUAUCUACAUAGCCUGUGAGCCAUCACCAUCUGCAAACAACGAAAUCCAUGUUGCCAUUUCUGCUGAAGAUACCCGGGAGGAUGGGAACCCUAUCAAAGAAAUAACAGACAAGAUUAUAGAUCUCGUGAGUAAGCGUGAUGGAAACAGUACUCUCAUUGCUGCAGUUGCAGAAGUCAGAGUCCAAAGACGACCCAUGAAAAGCAAAACAGAUUUCCUGGUUCCAUUACUGAGCUCUGUCUUAACCGUGGCUUGGAUCUGUUGCUUGGUAACAGCCUUUUACUGGUGCUUCCGGAAACGCCGAAAGCCAAGCAGCCACACACACACGGCCUCUGAUGACAACACCACCAAUAACGUGCGGGAACAGCUGAACCAAAUCAAAAACCCCAUUGAGAAGCACGGAGCCAACACAGUCCCCAUCAAAGAUUACGAAAAUAAAAACUCCAAAAUUGCCAAAAUAAGGACACACAACUCUGAAGUAGAAGAGGAUGAUAUGGACAAGCACCAGCAGAAGGCCCGGUUUGCCAAGCAACCAGCUUACACACUAGUAGACAGAGAUGAAAAACCACCCAACAGCACACCAACAAAGCACCCAAACUGGACAAACAAACAAGAUAACAGAGACUUAGAAAGUGCCCAAAGCCUGAAUCGAAUGGAAUACAUUGUAUAGCAGACAGUGGGUGCUGCCUUUAAAUAUCGUGAAGGGCACUCUUGAGUUUGUAGGUCUUUAAACUGUUGUGUAAUAUUGGAGUCUAAGGCUGUUAUUGACUUAGAAUCCCUGUGUUAAUUUAAGUUUGGACAAGCUGGCUUACACUGGCAAUGAUAGUUGCUGUGGUUGGCUGGAAUACCAAAUGUGGCUGCAUUUCACAUCUAUGCAAAACUAGUCAAAAAUGCCCGAAUGUAAAUUCCGCUGCAGCUGAUCCAUCACGGAAGGGUUUCCUCAGAUAUCGCAUGGCCUUGUUAGCUGUCCUUUAGCUUCCAUUUUUUUUUGCCAGGUGUCCCAACUUUAUUGCGGUCUUAGACGAAUACAUUUUAUUUAUAUUUAUUGAAUCUUUUUUGAGUUUUUUUGUAUAUUGGUUUUAUGGUGACGUACAACUAGUUCUGUAUUUGAAAGUGCCUUUGCAGCUCAGAACCACAGCAACUAUCACAAAUGUUUAUUAUUUAUUUUUUUUAUUGUAUUUUUGUUGGGGGAGGGGGGGAAAUCGAUGUUAGCAGUUGCUGGUAAAAUGAAGAAUUUAAAGAGGAAAAUGUGUCAAAAGUAGAAGUUUGUAUAGUUAUGUAAAUAAUUCUUUUUUUAUUAAUCACUGUGUAUAUUUGAUUUAUUAACUUAAUAAUCAAGAGCCUUAAUAUCAUUCCUUUUUAUUUAUAUGUAUGUGUUUAGAGUUUGAAGGUUUUUGAUAGCUUUGUAAGUAUAAUGGCUUUAUUAUUUUUUGAGCUUAUUUACUUGUUACAUGUUGCCUAUAAGCCAAAAUUAAGGUGUUCUAAAAAUAGUUUAUUUUAAACAAUAGGAUGGGCUCUCAUGCCCUGAUGCUGGGUUUGGUUUUUUUGUUUUGUUUUUGUUUUUUUUGUACAAUGUCAAAUGUUUGAAACACCUAUAGUAUCACUUUAAGACUCUUGUAAGUACUGACUGAGGCAGUUUAGAGAAUUAGACUAGAACAGGUUUGUGUUUCAUUGUGUUUUGUUUGCUGCUUUAGACUUGAAAAGAAAAGAGGCAGAUAAUCUGCUCCAAAGCAGUUCAAGGGAACAAACUGAGAGCUAUGAUGUCCCAUAGCUAAAAUGUGAGUGGUUGCAUAUAACAAAAAAAAAUCAAAUUUAGCAUGAAGUUGGAAGCACAGCAAUCUUCUUUUGUAAAUUCUGAUUUUUUUUUUUCACCAUGAAUAUGUAAUACUGAACCACUUGUAGAUUUGAUUUUUUUUUUGUAAUCUACUGCAUUUAGGGAGUAUUCGAAUAAGCUAGUUGAAUACUUGAACAGUAGAAUGUCCAGUAAGAUCACUGUUUAGAUUUGCCAUAGAUUACACUGCCCGCCUUAACAAGGGAGGAGAUCAAAGUGCUGUUACAACAUGUAAGAUCGAAAAGGCUUAUAAACAGAGUAAUCUCAUUGGUUAACCAUUGAGAUCAUGAAGAUACCUUGUAUUGUGCUAUGAGUGUUACACGAACAUGAAAAUGCAUCUUUGAUGUGUUGUUCCUGGCAAUAAAUUUUGAAAAAGUAAUAUUUAUUAAAUUUUUUGUAUGAAAACAUG